AUGGGUCAGACACAGCUCUCAAUCAAAGUUCGUCGCAUGCUUCCUUUUCUUAAGCAACGGGAAAUUCUCGUUACACCAGAGCAGCUAUCUUUUUCGCGUCAGCUAGUCGUGCCUCAUGAGCAUCUGACCGAGGAAGGUCGUAUUGCAGCCCAGAAACGCUGGGAGAGCCAGCGUGUUGUUUCCGAGACACCCUUUUACAAAGCCCCUCUUAAAAAGAUCAACCUUGGGCUCUGGAUGUUUUUUAUGAACACACGGAGACUGUUCACUCAGGAACACUUUGUGUAUACAAAAAUUGCUGGGAAAAAAUCCGAUUUUAGAAUGGACACAAUGGGGACAUUAUCACCAGAACUUUUCCUGUUAGAAAAAGGCACAAGACAGGGAAUAUUAUAA